GGGGGACACAGACCCGCCUCCUUCCUGCCGGCGCAGCGAGGCAGGCGUGGUGGCACACCUGCUGGCACCGCCAUGUGCUGCCAGCCUCGCCGAGGGGCCGGGGAUGUGCCACCUGCGAGUGCUGUGGUGAGCCUGGGGGCUGCUUGCAGCUCCGUGUGUGUGCCCCCCCCCGGGCUCUGCAGGCACCCGCGGGGAGCAGAGCAGCCCAAGGAGGAGUGCUGGCAGGCUGCAGUCUUUGUGCUCUGCCCCGUGCUGGUGCUGAGGGAGGCCCUGCGGAGCCUUUGGGGUGGCUGCUGUCACCGUCAGGAUGGGGCUGUUGCCAGGCUGUGGCAGUGGGGUCAGCCCUGCGAGGGGACACGGCUGGGAUGAGCCCCCCGGGCGGGCCGUGCUGGUGGCAGGUGAGCUGGGAAGGGGGGCUGGCUCCCCUCGGGGACAUCCGGCCCUGACCUGCUGCAGCGAGGGCUGUGACGCCAGGAGCGCAGCCGAGCCUCAUAUUUGGGCACAGAGCAGAUUAUUGGAGGCGAGGGGAGAUAACCCACCUGAUAAGGGCUCUGAAGGUGCCGCCUCCGCUGGCUCCCGCCUGCAGUGCUGCUGAUAGACAUCCCCCCGCCCGCCCCGGGGGGCCUGGGACAGCAGGAUGGUGCCUGUGAGGGAGCUGGGGCUGCUGCUGUGCCUGCAGCUCUGUGGGGGCACCGAGGAGCUGCGGCUGGUCGGCGGCGGCGGGCGCUGCGCCGGGAGGGUGGAGGUGAAGCACGAGGGCCAGUGGGGCUCGGUCUGCAAGAAUGACGUGCUCCCGGAUACCGGUUGGGCUACCCUGGUGUGCAUGAAGCUGGGCUGUGGCCCGGUGGCCAGAACAUCUGUCUAUGCCCCGUUUGGACAAGGCACCGGCAGGAUUUGGCUCCAUCUUAAGUACUGCCUUGGCAAGGAAGAGGCUCUGCAGGAGUGUCCACAUUAUGGAUGGGGAGAACAUUUCUGUGGCCAUGACCGGGACAUAGGGGUGACCUGCGCAGAGGCGGUGGAGCUGCGGCUGGCGGCGGGCAGGGGUCCCUGCGACGGGAGGGUGGAGGUGAAGCUGCAGGGACGCUGGGGCUCGGUGGGAGACAAGCCAUGGACCAUGGAGGAUGCUGAGGUGGUUUGCAAGCAGCUUGGCUGUGGCUCGGCUGUUGGUGCCCACCCUGCCAGGAACACCUAUGGAGAAGGGGACGGCCCCAUCAGCCUGGCUGCGGUCGAAUGCCGGGGGGAUGAAGCUGCUCUCUGGGACUGUGAGGUCCGCGGCUGGGGACCCUACAAAGGCCCACAUGACUAUGACACUUCUGUUGUGUGCCAAGGGUUUAGCCGGCUGGUUGGUGGGGACGGUGCCUGUGCCGGGAGGCUGGAGGUGUGGCAGGGCCAAAGCUGGGCCAGCGUCUGCCAGGACGAGGUGGACAUGGAGGCUGCCCGGGUGGUUUGCCAGGAGCUGGGCUGCGGCGCGGCACUUGCUGUCCCGCUGUGGUCUGAGGAGGGAGCGGGGCCGCUGUGGCAGGGGGGCUUCAACUGCAGCGGCCACGAGUCCCUCCUGUCCAGCUGCGCCCGGGGCCCGCCCCGCAGCCAGGGCUGCGCUGGCCACGCCGGCAUCGUCUGCUCCCCCUACACAGGUUUUCGUCUGGCGAACGGCAGCUCGGGCUGCGCCGGGCGGGUGGAGGUGGAGGCGGGGGGGACGUGGGGGUCCCUGUGUGCCAGCGGCUGGGACCUGCGUGACGCCCACGUGCUGUGCCAGCACCUGGGCUGCGGCCCCGCCAGCGCCGUGCCCCCAGCGGGCUCCUUCGGUGGCGGGAACGGGACAGUGUGGAGGGACACGUUCCGCUGCCAGGGGAACGAGCGGCACCCGGGCGAGUGCCUGACGGCGGCGCUGGGGGAGCCCGCCUGCCCCCCCGGCCACGCUGCCGCUGUCAGCUGCUCCGCGCUGGAGGGUGUUGAGAAGCCCCUGCGGCUGGUGGAGGGGCAGAGCCGGUGCGACGGGCGGCUGGAGGCGGCCACGGGCUCGGGGGCUUGGGCCCGAGUGGCGGAGGGGCCGCGGGAUGCGGGCCCGGUGUGCCAGCAGCUGGGCUGUGGCGAGCUGGAGAAGGUCCAGGCCGUGGCGGGCUCGGGCAGCGCGGCGCUGCGCUGUGGCAGCAGCCGGGACAGCCCGGCCCUGUGCAACGUGUCGGCGAGCCAGGAGGUGGCUGUGGUCUGCUCGGGUGAGUGUCCCGGGCAGGGACAGGGCUGCUGGCCCCCCGAGUGGCCUCUGCAGCCGGGUGCCCUGGGUGUCCCACAGGCAGCCGGCGGCUGAGGCUGGCGGGCGGCCCCGGGCGCUGCGCCGGGCGGCUGGAGGUCUAUGUCAACGGCAGCUGGGCCGGCGUCUGCCAGGACGGCUGGGAGC